UUUCGUGGAGGAAGGAAUAAUGAAAAACGACGGCAAGAAAUGGUUAAUCUUGUCAUAUCUGUGUGUGUUUUCUCUCUUAGGUGGACGAUCUGAAGUUGAAGCUUGUAGUGUCAAUGAUGGGGCGUUUGAUUUGACUCCAAUUCAAAAAUGGAACACAUGGGUCUUCAAGACGAACGAGUUAGGGUCGUCAUCUUCGAUGUCCACAUUCUACAUGAACUUGUGUAGCAAUGUCCGAGGGACGGUGGCAGAGACUCAAUGCUCCAGUGACACAAGCUCCAUCUGUCUCAAACAGGAGAACAUCUACACCAACGUCGGAACUCACAAUGACACGAUUACCGCCACCGCUAAUAGAGGGGGCGGAGGUUUCCGUCUGGAUUACAGAGGGGGUGUGUGCUCCAGUGGGGCUUCGGAGUCAACAGCUGCGCCGGAAAUGUGGCAGACGACUAUCGAAUUCAAAUGCGACAAAAUGCUGGGCUCUCCGAUUUUCAUCGGGCAAUCCAACUGCACGUACUUCUUUGAAUGGCACAGCACAGUGGCGUGCAAAAGUUCUCCCGCUGUGAACGAGGUGCGAUGUUCACUCUACGAUAACAACAACAAGAAGCGUGACCUGUCACCGCUCAUCAAAGAGAGAGGGGGGUAUAAGGUCGACUCCCACAUUGACGCUGAGUUGUACAUCAACGUGUGCAGGGACAUUACUCCAUUUGGCCCAACUGCCAGUUGUCUCUCCGGCAGUGCCGGCUGUACCAUCACCAACACAACCCAAGCGGACGGCACCGUUACCUCCGUCCCUAAAGAUGUCGGCCAGCCUGAUCAUGAACUACAGUGGGUGAACAAUAACCGUCUGCAGCUGACGUACACCUCCAAGACUAGGCCGAGCGGCUGCCGUAGCCUUCCUCAAGUCAUUAUCCUCUUCGAAUGCCCUAGGGAAGGGGGAAGGAACGAAGGGAAUCAGAAUCCGAAGCUGAUAUCGAGCAUCAAUUGCAACUAUGAGGUGGAGUGGAUCACGGAGUAUGCUUGCGAGGCUGACAUGUUGACCACGAGUGACUGCAAGUUCAGCAAGGAUAUACACGGCAUAGACCUUGAUUUGAGUGUGCUUACUAAAGAUCCAGGAACAUACACAGCUGAUAAUGAUGCAAGUUAUAGAUACUUUAUGGAUGUGUGUAGUGAUAUGGGAAUACCUUGUGGCAGCGGACUUGGAAAAGGUGCUGUGUGUCAAGAGGACAAGAGUAACGAUUAUCGAAGUGUCGCUGGUGUCAACAGCAAACAUGUUUUGAGUUAUUCAGAUGGUGAACUGACGUUGACGUAUAAAUGGGGCGAUAUCUGUAAUCACAACGGCUUCCAAAGGACGUCCAUUAUUUCAUUUGAGUGCAACCAGACAGCUAGCGAUUCAGGUAAGGGCUCCCCAGUCUUCGUCACAGAAACAGAAUGUACAUACUUCUUCGAGUGGCAGACAAAAUACGCCUGCUUGGACCACCUGGUCGGCAAAAGCUGCCGUGUGGAUCACGGCGGGCAACACUAUGACCUUUCACCCCUGACCCACGAGGUUGGGUCAAACUGGCAGGCAUUAUCUGGUCCGCAUGAGGAGAGUGGUGAGGACGGACAUUACUUCAUCAACGUGUGUGCGGAUAUUCUACCUGAGAACAACUGUCCCGAUAACUCUGCAGCGUGUUUUGUACCAGAUAAAGCAGAUUCCACGGCGGUUAGUCUGGGAGAGUACAAAGAGUCUCCGGUCUUUCGUAAUGGUCACCUUUCUCUGACCUACUACAACGGAAGCACAGACAGCUCAUCUACAUGCAAUGGCAACGUACAGACUGUGAUAACCUUUACAUGUGCCUACGGUGAUCUGGAAAGUGCCCCCUCUUUUGUUCGUAAAUCUCUGGAUCAAUGUCUCUACGAGUUUGAAUGGCGCACUGCUGCCGCAUGCCCGCUGGGCCACAAGUGGGGGACGGACUGUCGUGUUUUUGACGACGAUGCUGGAUUCUCAUUCGAUCUGAGUCGUCUGACUACGACGACCAACUACACGGUGGUUGGUGAUGAUUACACCUACCUUCUCAAUGUGUGUGGUGCUUUGAGCGGCACACCGUGUAAUGUGGAAGGAAAUGAAGGUGUUGCAGCAUGCCAAGUUCAAAACACUGGAGAGCGCACAUGGGCUUUAGGCAAAGUCAACACAUCCUUGGAAUAUUUUGACGGAAUUUUGAAACUGACUUACCUCGACGGAGAGGCGUAUCAUUCCACAGGGGACGUAGAGGCCCCCAAACGCAGGACUGAGAUAGAGUUCCUAUGUGCACCCGACCAGGACCCGGGAAAGCUUGAAUUCAAAUAUGAGGCCAGCAAUGCCUACGUAUUUAACUGGUUCACCAAGUAUGCCUGUCCAGAGGAGCCUAUAGAGUGUGUGGUUACCAAUGAAGAUCAGAAUGAUCAUAAUCAAUAUGAUUUGUCAAGUUUAUCCAAGUCACUAGAAGAAGAAAACUGGUCCUUUGUGGAUGACUCGGAUCCCCAUGGCGACCGCAAGAAGUAUUACAUUAACGUCUGCCGACCCAUCAACCCAGUCAAGGGUUGCGGGGCGUUUGCAGGAGUUUGCCAAACGGAGUUUAACAACGAUGAGGAGAGUGUUGUUCUCGCCUCUAUGGGUGUCCCCAAGUCUCAACCAGAGAUUGAGAGCGAAGGUCACAUCCUUUUGACCUACGUCAACGGCAGCAUCUGUGGUGAAAACAAACGGGUGGAGAGCAGGAUCCACUUCAGCUGUAGGAAGGGUGCUUUGGGAAGUUCUCCGAGGCUCCUGGAGAAGGUGAACGACUGUCUCUACUCGUUCAUCUGGGAGACUGAGGCAGCGUGUCCCAUCGACAAGGCCAAGGGUGAAGACUGCACGGUGAAAGACCCAAACUCGGAAUAUGUGUUCAACAUGGGCACCCUGACCAAACCAGACGGGAGUUACUACACAUUGACGGGGCCUGACAACAGCGUUGUCGAGCUAAACAUCUGCGGCAAUGUGACGGGCGGGACGAGUGAGUGUGGGACGAAUGAAGACAAGGGGGUGCCCAGCGCCUGCAUCAUCAAAUCAGACACCUCGGUGGAUUUCAUCGGUUUCCCGGCCAAUCAGAAAUUGGAAUUCUCUGAUAAUGGUCUGUUGAAGCUGACAUACGAGGGACAACAUCUGGAAGGCGGUUAUAUGAUGAUGACUGAGAUUACAUUCCUCUGUCGACACAACGUCUCCUUCAGUGCCCAGAAACCCGUCUUCCAUCGGAGAGAAAACAACAACUACAUCUUCAAUUUCGAGACGCCGUUAGCCUGCCUCCCAGAGUCCGUGGACUGCCUCGUGUCUGACGACACGGGAAACCAGUAUGACCUUUCACCCUUGGCAAAGGAUGAUGGGAACUGGGAAGCGGUGGACAUGCAAUCGGGCGUGAAAUACUACAUUAAUGUGUGCCGCCCGGUGAACUCUGUGACCUCGGAAACGCACUUCUGCCCAGGUGGACCGAUCGGAGCUUGUCAGACCACCAGUGAUGACAAAGCCUUCAAUAUGGGGUAUGUACAAGCCGUACCUGAAGCGGCCCAAGAUGGUUCACUCAGUAUACACUACGUAAAUGGAGAUAUAUGCCAUGGGAAGUACCAUCGUAGCACACGCAUCAACUUUGAGUGCUCAGAUACACCCGGCUCCCCUGUAUUCCAGCUGGAGACAGAGCGGUGCGAGUACAUCUUCUCAUGGCAGACCCCAGCAGCUUGUCCGCUAAAGAGAGUGCUAGGAGCGGAAUGUAAAGUCCAAGUUCCUAACUUUGAGUUUGAAUACGACCUGAGCGCACUUCACAACGAGCAGGCGGACUACGUCGUGUCGGUACCGCCGUAUGAAUACCGCAUCAACGUAUGCGGCCCUCUUGUCCACGGAGAGGGAGAUUGUACCGGGGCCGAAGUCGGGGCUUGCCAGAAGAAAACGACUGAGCAGGUUUUUGAAAAAAACGCAGGUAACUUCAACAAGAAUCUUCAGUACAACGAAGGCACGCUGAAACUGAACUACACCACCGGUGAUAAAAACUGCCACCAGAAUACGUAUGAGAGAUCCACUGCCAUCAAUUUCUUUUGUGAUGAGGGAGUGAAGGGAAAUGGACAGCCUACGUUUAUCAAUGAAGACUCUGACUGUACGUAUGUGUUUGAAUGGGCCACUCCACUUGCCUGUCCUCCAUUUAAGGUUAUAGAAUGCAGUUACAGUGACAAUGAGCAUGAGUUUGAUCUCGCCCCACUGGCAAGAGUGGAUGAUAACUACCGCAUUAAUCCCAUGGCAACAGUAGGCAACGAUGUCUACUACAUCAAUGUCUGUCGCUCAUUGCUGCAUAAAAAAGGCUCACAGGGUCAAGGGUGCCCUCUUAAUGCAGCUGCCUGUCUAUUUAAAGAUGACAAAUAUGUGAGUCUUGGAGAGGUGAGUCAGGGGCCGACCAUGGAGAAUGGUCAUCUAGUCCUGAGGUAUGAAUCCGGUGAUCCUUGCUCCGAUGGGGGGAAACAAAGCAGCGCUAUCAUCAGCCUGGAAUGUGACAAGGAAGGAGUGGGAAGCACACCCCAGUACAGCUACACGAGUGACAACUGCGAGUAUUACUUCAUCUGGCUGACCAACCUCGCCUGUGACAUCAACGAACAAGAGGACGUUACGGAUGACUGCACGGCAGUCAAUCCCGCAACCGGGUUCAAGUUUGACAUUAACUUGUUGAAGAGUUCCCAUGGGUAUCUAGUACACAGCGACAAGGGACACCAGUACAACUUCUCAGUCUGUGCACCACUGGAUGACUCCGUGUGUGGCAGUAACGUUGGAUCUUGCCAGACUGAAGUUUCGGCUGCGACCCCCCGUCACUUCAACAGCGGCGCCUUCAACUCGGAGCUUCACUACUACGACGGCACGCUGUUCCUCAACUACGAGGGCGGUGAACCGUGCCACAACAACGCCUUCACGCGGAGUACCGUCAUCAACUUUGUGUGUUCAUUGGAGAGGGAUGCCAUAGGGGAACCGGUGUUUGUGGACGAGUCCGCAGAUUGCACGUACUACAUAUCCUGGCACACGUCAAUCGUCUGCGAACAAUUUAUUCAAUGCAAUGUGGUCAACGGGUCAAGGGUGAUUGACCUCUCACCCCUGGUCAGUGAUCGGGGUUACUACCUCGCCCAGUCUCUAACCAGCGAGGGUCCCAACACCCAGUACUACAUCAACCUGUGUCGACCUUUGAACCCUAUACCUGGGGUUAGAUGCCCGCCGGGGUCGGCUGCUUGUGUGGAUAAGGACGGCACCCUAAUGAGUCUUGGAAUCGUUACGAAAGGUCCGUCGAUGAACGAAGAUGGCUAUGUUGCCGUCACCUACUCCAACGGAGACGUCUGCCCCGAGGAUAAAACACGCAACAUCUCCUCAGUCAUUACGUUGUUCUGCGAGAAAGGGACGUCACAGGGUACGCCAACGAUGGACGCAUACAGUGACUGUACAUAUCAUUUCUCCUGGCUGACCAACGCCGUGUGUCCGCCAUCCGAGGCAACUAGUGGUAAAGAUUGUAAAUACUUCAACGACGCUCUGCAGUAUGAGUAUGAUCUCAGCUCAUUGGCAGACGAUGAAGAACAGGUCUCUGGACCAGAUCUUGUGACCUACAAACUGCAUCUAUGUAACGCGGUCAGUGUCAGGCAAGAUGCGUGCCAGGGUUCGGCAGUCUGUAUGCAGGAGGGCACCGAUGUCUUCAAGUCACUGGGCACGCUGGCCUCGCAGCAGUUCUACUUCGAGGGCCAUAUCUUGAAAGUGAAGUACACCGAUGGGGCACAGUGUGAUGGAAGUGCUACAAAGAAAAGAGAGACGACAAUUAUCUUCAAAUGUUCAGAAAGCUUUACACUCAAUCAGCCCACAUUCUUUGGGUCGGACGAUGCCUGCCACUACACCUUCCAAUGGGAUACACCACUGGCCUGCCCGCCAGUCAGCAUGCCCUGUGACCUCGCCUACAUGGAGAAGGCAUAUGACCUCCAGCCCCUUUCACAAAUAACCGGGAAUUGGCAUUUUACGGACGAUGACCAGAAUGAAUAUUUCAUGAAUCUUUGCGUACCAGCUGCGGACUGUCCCAAGGAGGCUAGUAUAUGUCGGCGUACACCUGAUGGUACCCUGGAAACACUGGGCAUGGUGUACACACAACUCCUUAGAGCCGACGGGAGUUCAGACAAGCCCAACAUUCACAUGACAUUCCGAGAAGGCAGUGCUGGGAUAUGUGGAAAGGGAAACACUGCAGAUGCUGAGAGUGAGAUUAUCUUUACGUGUUCCAACAAAGUUGGCUCUCCUGAACUGAAAAGUAUUUCCACCGCCAACGGGGCAGAUUGUAAAUUCACAUUUGUCUGGGAGUCGAAGGUCGCAUGCAGUGAAGAAAGGGUCGCUGUGGAGCUUACAGAUAACAAAGUCACAGACCCAGAGACAGGAGACACUUUUGACCUUUCACCUCUCAUCAAGAAAAGAAACUGGGAAGCCGAGGGGGACGAGCGCGAUGAAAUGAACGGGCAGAGUUCCGUCUACAUCUACUACAUCAAUCUGGACUCAGGCAGGGCUUCCAAGGCAGGCGAUACGGGCGGGGUCUGCACCUCGGCAGCAGUCUGCCAGAGCAAGAAAGACGACUCCUUUUUCAGGAACAUCGGGGAGAGCUCCCGAAAGAAGUUUUUCAUGCAAGAUGAGAUCUUAGAAAUGGUGAUCAGGAACCCAGACUCCUGUGGUAAGGAAAACACACAGGAUGUGGAGAGCACCAUCAUCUUCAAAUGUGACCCCAAUGUUGAAUUGGGUGCCCCAAGGUUCUAUUUUGAGUCCAGCAAUUGCCAGUAUCACUUCAUGUGGGAAACGUCUGUGUUGUGCAGCAAAGGGGCACAGACAGAAAGCCCAAGCGGGGGAAAGAGCGGGGAUAAUAAAGGAGGUGCUACCGGGGGGAAGAAAACCUCCAAGGUGCCUGCCGUAAUGGGGAUUCUCCUUGGCAUCGUGGUGCUCUGUAUUCUUAUCAUUAUAUUCCACAAGUCAGAGAGAAGGUCUGCUGCCUUCUAUAGAAUUAGAGGUCUCUUCCCAGGGGCUUACUCCAAAGUACCUAAUUACUCCUACUCUCAACUGUCCAACGGAGACGUAGAAGAAUCGCUUCUAGGUACAAACUCCAGAACUCUUUUCAGCGACGAAGAGGAUGAAGAUUUAUUAAAAGAUAACAGACAAAGCAAUCCCUUGGAAUAUCGAGAUGAUAGCGAUGAGGAAAUCUUGCCAUCCAUUUAAAAGUGCUGUUUACAAUUUACAAGGCGUAAUAAAGUUUGUGCCACCUUCAAAAUCAUGGACCAGCCAGAAACUUGCACUAUCCAGUGCAUAAACGGUUCCUUGCUGAAAGUGCCUGUUGGAGUUACUACGCCCACAAGUUACUAUAAAGUUAACUGAACAAAUAUAGCUUGAUGUACAUGUACAUUGUAUGAGGAAGGUAUGUGGAUAAAACAUGCUCCUGAUAACAUUCCAGCAGUUAUCACUCAGUUCUUAGUAGUACUAUUUGGUUCCAGUGGAUUUCUUUUUACGGUUCCAGGGUUUAGUUUUGGAUGGGUGUUAUGGUUCAAGUGUGGACAUUUUGUUUGAAUAGAUUUGGCUCCAAUUUUAACUACUGUGGUUCUUAUUGGUCAGUCAAUUGGAACUGGUUCUUAUCGACUAAAUAAUUAAUUACUAAUUAAUUUUGUAUUUUUUGUUAGUGCCACUUCUCUUUUCAUCGCAAAUUGAUGAUUUGAGAUUUAGUUCUUGAGGGGUUUACUUUUUUGGAUUUGAUAUCAGUUGGUUCCUCCAAGAAACCAAUAGGGUUUUAGUGGGUAUGACUGGGUUCUCCCGGGUUAGUUCUUGUGGGGUAACUUUGUUGGAUUUGAUAUCAGUUGGUUCCUUGGAACCAAUAGGGUUUCAGUGGGUAUGAUUGGGUUCUCCCGGGUUAGUUCUUGUAGGGGUGACUUUGUUUGAUUUAGUAUCACCCAGUUCCUCCCAGGAACCAAUAGGGUUUUAGUUGGUAUGAUUGGGUUCUCCCGGGUUAGUUCUUGUGGGGUAACUUUGUUUGAUUUAGCAUCAUUUGGUUCCUCCCAGGAACCAAAGGGUUUCAGUGGGUAUAAUUGGGUUCUUGUGGGUCAUGGGUACUUCUGAUUUUGAAAGAUAUAUUAUUUUAGUGCAGUGUUGAUUUUAAUAAAAGAAAAAAAGUGAACAUAUCUGAUUGGUCGUUUUUAGCAGGGAUUUUUUUGUCAUGUUGACCAAUGCCUUCAUAAAGGUCAAUAAAGUUCACAUUUUCAUGGUAAAAAUAUUAUAUUGCAAAUUUUUCAUGGAACAAUUUUACUCGGUUGUCUUUCAUGUUUGCGCGAAUGUUAUGUUUAUCUAUAUAAUGUUUAUCUUAUAAAGAAAAAAAAUACAAUAAUAAUAAUAAUACUUUCCAUGUUCGUCUGUCUGUUUUUGCUCAUCAUAAAUGAUGUUGUUAUUUUUUGGAUGUUUAUUAAAUAAAAUAAUUAUAUAAACAAAUGGAGAUAAGAAAGUGAUAUUUAUGAAAAUGCAACUCCUUACUAUUACUAUCCUUAACCUUGAUGUAAUCAUACUAAAUACGAAGGUAAAUAUUUUAGUAAUAAUUAUAUUUAUUUGGAAAGGAGUUUUAAUUAAUUUUUAAUCAGAUUUGAAGAAAAUUUACUUUGGUUUUUCGUGUAGACAACUUAAUAAAGGGAUAUGUACAGAGACAAAAACAAAUAUUUCUGUAUACUCGGAGCAAACAUUUUUAUAUCGUAUUUCCACCAUGCAAAGUUUCAAACCCUACUGCUCUGAUACUGAAUCAUUGAAAAGGAAUAAUUAUUAAUUAAUUAUGAAUUUUAUUGAAUGCGGAAUAUGUAAGAUGAUUUUAUAUCCCAGCUAUUCGGCAUAUGCCGAGCAAUUAAUAUAUUGUUUUUGUCAGAUUCUGUGUUUUGCUUAUUAAAAAAACAGAAGUUGUAAAAAGUUAUAUUUGAGUAACUUUUCAAAAUGAAAGGGUGCUGUUAUCUACUUUAAAUGGAUGUUCAAUAAUACUUAAAGGAAAUAUAUGAAGUUGUCAAAACAUUGAUCCGAAAAGAAAGGGAAAAAGAUCAAGCAUUUGAUGUCUUUUUAUAUUGUGACAUUGUAUCUUUUAUUUAAGUUCUUUUGUACUCGGUGUGGCGGUAUUUAAAGUGGCAACUUUUAUUCGCAAAGGAAGUUUUUUUUUAAGCUGUCUGUAUGAGAAUGUGAAAACAUUAAUUGAAUUAUAUGUGUGCAACUUUAAGGUUAUCCAUGUUUGUAUAUAUAUAUAUUGUUCUUUUGCAAUUAACUGUUAAUAUAAGAUUAUAAAAGCAAGAUGUCUCAAAUAAGAAAACUCAAUAAAGUCACAAGCUUGAACUUAA